AUGGCUACCCGAGGGGAUUAUUUCGUAGACACCUCGGCCGUAACAGACGAGGCCGCAGAAGACGCUAUGGUACUAUCUGGGGCUGUUAGCCCCGAUCCCCUACUCCAGGGAGGACCCUCUACACAAACUAGGUCAACGAGUAAACGCUCUGCUCAAGCCCAGUUUACGAGGUCCAUGCAGGAGUUUUUGGAUACCCAUGAGGCACAAAUGAGGUAUCUUGGUACAGCUGGACAGGCCGUUUGGCAGCAGCUACAAAACCUCCAGGAACAAGUGCAAGGGAGUGGGCAGAUCCUAGAUAAGAAAGUACGGCAAGAAGCCAUCGCCCAGAACCAACAUCUCGAAUCGCUCUUUGAGCUCGUCGAAAAUGUUCGACAGGUACAGGAAGCCGCACGAGCCGCCGACCACGAGGUUCUAGACCGUAACCAUCGAAUUACCCAGAACCAACUAUUGGAGGCGGAACGACAGCUAAGAGUUGCAAGAGAAGAGCGAGAGCAGGAGAAAAGGGAACAGCGGGAACUAUUGGCACAAUUCAAGCAGUCCGACGACGUAAGAAACCAACGAAUAGCCGAGAUGGAAGAACGUCUACGACAACAUUUGUCGGUAGCACCCUCCAUGGUGAGUAUUCCCGUGGACCCUAAUGCACCCCAAACGGUUCCUGUUGGCAAUGGCAAAAAUCCCGAAAAUGCUGGCCCAGUAGGAGGAAAUGCUGGCCCAGUAGGAGGAAAUGCUGGUCCCGUAGGAGGAAAUGGAGGCAGGCUACCGGAGGAUGCCGGCCCAGUGCAUAGCAAUAGUGGCAGAGGACCGGUGGGAGCUGCUCCAGUUGGGGGGAAUGGUGGGAAUCAACCUCCACAAAACCCACCAAGAGGAAACGUUGGGGGAGAUCCAGAACCUUCCGACGACGAUGACGACGAUAACAGUGAAUGGUCGCACGGUCGGAAGAAUUGGAGAAUGAACCGAGGCGGAAAACGGAAUUCGGCGCCGCCUGAAGACGACGAUAUGGUAGAUUCGCUCGCUAAAAUACCCUUUGAGUUCGAUAAUGCCAGGAAGCUGUAA